GACACGGACGACACGGAGUUGUGCGGAGUUGUGUGAUAAUGUGAUAUGCGAGCUACAUGUGCAAAUCGAUGUUAUUUUACGUGAUAUUACAUUAUGUUGGAAAAAUCGUCCAGUGCGGAUAACCAAUUAUCCAGAGAAGAUUAUUUAAUAUUAAAAGCUAAGAAUGCUCUGCCGAUCGACAUUUACGCCGCUAAAUCCUGGCUGAUCACUGCAAAAUCUCUGUUUCCGCAUAGUGCUAAGGUUCAGUUUGAGGCAUAUCGUAUCGAGAAAUUGUCGAAAAAUGUAAAAGAGGCGGCAAAAUGCUUCAGCGAAAUAUUUCAAAAUUUUCCCGAUGAUCGCGAGAUAUGGAAAGAGAUAGAGACGGUAACAAUGUGUCUUCGUUUGGAGCAAUGUGACAGCGAGGCUGAAUUUUUGUGCCAAAUGUUUCAACAUAUCCCACAGGAUUUGCAACACAGAUUGCUUGUACUGACAGCAGAUCAUAGCGAGGACACGAUGGAACACUGCAAAUUGCUACUAUUACUGCUACGCAAGUUUCCUCAAACCAUAGCAACUCAUGGACCACGUUUGGUGGAAACUCUGUUAACGGCGGAGAAACACAGUCCUGGCCAAGCUGUGAACGGUUUUAGAAGAUUACUGGCAUGUGAAGCCUUGCCGCUGCUCGGUGGUGCUGUAGUGGAAUUGAAUCCUCGUCUUAGCUUACGACUGUUGUGUAAGGCUGUAGAAUUCUACUUGGCAUACAUACAGCAGCCGCAAGACACACAAAUUCAAAAUCCAUGGGACAAACUUUACCAAAUUGUGGAGCUAAUCGGGAAGAAAUUGGGAUGGGAGUUGAGCAGUUUGUUUGGUAUGCCCUGGAGUCGUGAGAUGUACAGCGAUAGAUUGCAGCAAUAUACAAUUACACAUAGCACUGGUCUGAGCGACGAGCCAAUUGUGAGGCAAUUACUAAUGUGUACAAUUGUAGUAUUAUUGAGAAUAUUAAACGAGCAUAAUAUUCUCAUUAACAAUGAAGAAACAAAGUACUGUCUUGUAGAAGCUUUUGCGGAAGGAGUAUAUUCUGCAGAAUCAAAAUUGAAAAAGCGAAAGCGAGAUGAUGCUGGCAUAAUAAUAACUAGUGAUAGCGACUACAAUGGCAGUGGUUUAGCAUUGGCAGUAAAGUUAUGGGACUUGCUACAUACCAGUGAAUAUCUUCAAAGGGAAAUAUCCAAACUAAUUCAACAAUUGCGGCUAGAUAAUUGGCUGAAUCUGUUCUUAACAGAUUCAGCAAUGUAUAAAGGUUUAUAUCGUGAAGUGUUAGCCAGAUUAUCGGAAGGAGCUAAUUUAUCUGCUAAUCUUCGUUUGGCCAGCACAUGUUUCUUCUUGAAAGACUAUAAGAGUAUGCUGGAAUAUAUUGUUUUGGUAACAAAUUCAUUGCCUACUGUAUCAGGCAAAGUAUCUCAUAAUCUGACAGUUCCAAGCAUGAAACAUUUACAUUAUUUGGCUCUUGCGCGUUUCUCUAUUUUACAGUACUGUUGCAGACUGCUUCUUUUAGCUAUAAAGGAUAAUUUUUCUUUACCUGGAAAUAUUGGGGAUUUGGCUAUUGGACAUGCAUUGGUCCUCAUGCAGAUAGAUUGGCCACAAGAAGCUAGUAUUUUAACUAUGAUAACAGAACAAAUUCUCAAUCGUAGAAGUUUCACUUAUCCAUUAUUUCAACCGUACAUAAUAUGUGUAGAUAUUUUAGAAGAAUUAACAUAUUUAUGGACUGAACAUGGCGGAGGAGUGUCACUGGACAUAACUACAAGCACAGGGAUUAUACAAAAUCGUCGCAUUACCACCCGCGGUGCUGAUAAAGGAGUACGCGAAGAAUUGAAGCAAGCUAUGCGUCGACAAGCUGCACGAGAUGGCAUCGAUCCUUUAGAUGAAUUGUUACAGAAAUUUAUUAUCAACGAACAAGGCGCCAUUUUGCAUACCUUAAUCAUUCAAUAAAUUUUGAGUCUUAUCUAUACAGUCACAAUUUGUAUACAAUAUUUUUAUAUUAAAGCUUUUAAAAUAAUUUCUGGAUACCAUAA